AUGCAAUUCGACCCAAACUCAAACAGCUUCCCCCUCCGCAAGGACCUCCCCGCCAUCCCCGGCGCCCCAAAGGGCGCCGCCUGGUUCUGGGGCGCCGACGACCAGCUUGGGCGAGUGAACCUCCUGACGCCCGCGCGUGUCAAAGAGGCAGUCAAGGAAGUCGUGACCGGCGAGACAGUGCCGCUGAAUCUGGAGGUGUCGGAGCUGAAGCCGUGCUAUGGGCGAGAGACGUUUGAGCACACGAUCAAGAAUAUUAUGCCGAGAGUGGCGUUUGAUGAUUUGUAUUCCAUGAAUACGCAGAGUAGCACGCAGUGGGAUGGGUUGCGACAUGUUGCGCAUUUCGACUCGGAGACGUUUUAUAACGGGUGCACACACAAAGACAUCACCGGCCCCGCCGCCAACUCCAAAUGCGGCAUCCAAGCCUGGUCGCAGCACGGCAUCGUCGGCCGCGCCAUCCUCAUCGACUACGUGGGCUACGCCGAGGCCAACAACCUCCCCGCCCUCGACUACUACGACAACCAGAGCAUCCCGCUCAGCGCGCUCGUCGCCGCGGGGAAGGCGCAGGGCAUUGACGUCCGUCCUGCGGCCCAGGGCGGCGAUGUCAGGGUCGGCGAUAUACUGCUGAUUCGUAGUGGGUUUAUCAAGAAUUAUAGGAGCCUGAGCCCGGAGGAUAGGGUCAGGCUGCACUCGAAGAAGGCCGGCUUUGGCGAUGAUGAUGAGCAGACGUAUCCCGGGCUUGAGCAGACGGAGGAGGUGCUUGAUUGGCUUCAUGAUUGCUAUUUCGCCGCUGUGGCCGGGGAUGCGCCGGCGUUUGAGGCGUGGCCGAGUAAAGGCGAUUUCUACCUCCACGAAUACCUCCUCGCGCUGUGGGGCUGCCCGCUGGGUGAGCUGUGGGAUCUGGAGGAGCUGGCGGCCAAGUGCCGGAAGAGCGGGAAGUGGACGUUUUUGUUGACGAGCUCGCCGACGAAUGUGAAUGGCGGGGUGGGGUCGCAUGCCAAUGCCAUUGCGAUUCUCUGA